AUGAAGUUUCUACAGGUAAUUCUUCUCACCUUAACCUUAUUACUUGUCGUUCCAUUACUUGUUGAAUCCUCUUCCUCAUCUUCUUCGUCCGACAACAGUUUGGUCAGCAACAUAACAAGAGGUUCAUCUCUUUCUUUUAAUGAUACUAGUCCUUAUUGGCUUUCUCCCUCGGGUAACCUUGCUUUUGGCUUUUACCCGUUACAGUGGUAUCCUGGCCGAUAUGUUGUUGGUAUAUGGUUUUUUAAAUCGUCAAAACAGACUCUUGUUUGGACUGCUAACGUUAAUGAGUUUCCAUUGCACACACCAUCUUCAAUUUUAUUCACUGACCAAGGAAAGUUAGUACUGCGUACAGAAAAUAAAGAUUUACUCUUGCUACCCAAUGUACCUGAACCUGCGUCAUACGCAAAGAUGCAGGAUGAUGGCAACUUUGUAUUAUAUGGUUCAGACUCUCAAAUUGUUUGGCAAAGUUUUGAUUAUCCUACUGAUACCAUUCUCGGCGGUCAAAAAUUGAGACCUCAGAUUGAUCUUAUCUCUGGUAUAUACAGGUUAUCAGUUUCGCGGACUGAUGGUUUUGUUGCUAUAUAUAGAAAGACUAUUGUUGAUCAAGAUGGUGAUAGUGAAGGAGAUAUAACUGAAGAGAGUGUAUCGGUAAUAUCAGCUGGGGAUUCACUAAGUCGGCCUGUAACCUUAAGUUUAGACAUCGACGGUAAAUUAUAUCUUGCAAAUUCUGAUGCUGAAGUGGUUAAAGUUUUUUACCAAGACAAACGAAAACAACAAGUCAAGGACGAUGGGGAUUAUAUCUACAGAGCGACGUUGAGUUCAAUAGGGCGCUUGAAUUUGUACAAAGAAAGAAUUAAUGGAGGAGGAAACAACAAUACUCAAGAUAAUCCUCAUCAAAAGUCAUCCGCUACAAUGGUAUGGUCAUCUUCUCCUAAAACAGAUAUUACAACAGGGGAUGAUGUAAGACCUAAUCAUCAUGCAAGUGAUACAGUUCUAAUGGUUAUGCUCAUUCUGUUUUGUAUUGGUUUGGGAGUCUUCGCAAUGUAUAGAUAUUGUACAAGCAAAGUUAACAAGGAUGAAAGUGGAGGUUGUUUAGAAUUAGGAACAAGAACAUGA